AUGGCGGCGCCGGCUCGGACGGAGGAGGUCAUGCGACUGCAAGAGCACGGGGCCUCGGUGUUGUGCCUCGGCUGUCCGGAGGGAAUGCUCUUCGGCUUGGACUACGCUGCAUGGUCUGUUGGCGCAAACUUUAUGGGUGUGAAGUUAGUGCCACCAGGGCUCCACUACAUCUACUCCAGCCCACGUGCUUCCGAAGACAUCGGCCUGGCACGUACCGGUUUCUUCCUCUUCCUGAAGCCUAAGGACGUUGCAGUCUUCCGCUGGGAUCCUGAGGGUGAGGAGCUGGUGAGACCCAAUCCCGAUGAGGAGCUCCGGUACGCGGACGGUGUUCGGAGCUUUGACUUCGACCGGAACCUCGGCCCCUACCCGCUGGAGCUACAGGAGCCCUGGGCGGAGCUUACGCGCCACGCCACAGCAGAGCUGGUCCAGAAGGUCGAGCCCGUCUCCGGACGAAUCCGAUCCAAGCGGGCCGAAUACGACGCUCACGCUGAAACGAAGCAGCAGACAGGCGAGGGCGCCCAGGGCGGAGAGGGCACCCAGGGCCCAGAGGACGGGGACCAGGUCAUGGCAGAUUCAGUGCAAAAGGUGGAAGAGGUCAUAGAAUCGAACGGCUCGCUCUUCUUUUCCUCCAUUCCGAAGCAGAUGAGAAAGGGCCGUGGCGAGACCGCGGAAGAGACCACAAAGCUGCAUAUGGAUCGCACCUUGCAGCUCGAACAGAUGUUGGCACGCGAAUACUCUGGCAAUGAGUUGGCCAUGCUUGGGGAGUUGCAGCUGGCGUACAUUGCCUUUCUCCUGGGGCAAAACGCCGAUGGCUUCGAUCAAUGGCGGGGCUUGUUGCAGCUGCUGUGCAGCUGUGAGGAAGCUGUGCAACGCCGGACAGAGUUGUACGCGGAGCUGCUGCGGGCAUUUUUCGCCCAGAUGAGCCAGGCGCCCUCGGACCUCUUCGGCGACGACUUGACCAAGGACAACUUCCUUGGCAGCUGCACCCUUUCCCUCCUGGAGAUCUGCGAAGAGGCUUCGCCCAAGCUGCGGAAGCGCUGCGGAAAGCUGCGCGAGCUGGUGGAGCAAAAGUUCGGCCUAUCAGCCCAGGAUUUGGCCCUCCUCGGAGAGGAUGCCCCGGAGAUCGUGGACUUGGAGGGACACUUCGGGUGCGCUCGACGGGCGGGAGGACGACGUCAGGAGACCACCAGCACGCCAGCCGCUGUUGAGGAACUGGCAAGUGCUGAAUUCCUUCGGCGCAUGCGAGUCAGCAUGUUCAUCGUGAACUGGUUCUUCGACGUAUUGGGAUACCUCGGCCUUGGCAACAAGAACGCAAAGAUCCUUUUCCUUGGACUUGACAAUGCUGGCAAGACCACUCUGCUCCACAUGCUGAAGGAUGACCGCAUUGCUACUCACGUGCCUACUCUUCAUCCGCAUUCUGAGGAGCUUAUGAUCAAGAACAUCCGCUUCCGCACCUACGACCUCGGAGGGCACGAGACCGCCCGGCGCAUUUGGAAGGACUAUUUCGCCACCGUCGAUGGUAUCAUCUUCCUCGUCGAUGCAGCCGAUCGGACGCGAUUCCAGGAGGCGCAGGAGGAACUCAGCGGCCUCCUCCAGGAGCAAGCCCUGGCGAGCGUGCCCUUUGUCGUCUUGGGGAACAAGAUCGACAUCCCUACAGCGGCCAGCGAGGACGAGCUCCGCAACGCACUGGGAUUGCUGAGCCACAUGACCUACGGACGUGAUGCCAAGAAGGGAGAUAGCCAGGUCCGCCCCGUGGAGCUUUUUAUGGUGAGCGUGGUCAAGAGGAUGGGCUAUGCAGAGGCUUUCCAGUGGCUGUCGCAGUUCCUGAACUGA